AGCGGAAUGGCCUUUCUGUGGGAGUGGACCGUAAGGCAACUGCCUGCGGUGAUAAUUCUGACGAGAGGAACUGUGACCAGAACAAGAAUACUAACUACGGGAACUACGACGAGUCUCCUGCGCACUAAGUUGGCAGCAAGCUCGGACUUGACCAUCCUUCAGAUUGGUAUUGUGCUGAGAAACAACGCCUACGGUCGGAAGCUAGCCUCGGUAAUGACGCUGGCUGUGGAUGCGAUAAGCGAUCGUUCGAGACGCAGAAGUAGUCCUUACGGCAUUGAACAAACCACAAGGUACUUUUCUUCGCCGUCAGAGUUAACUGCAUCGAUGGCCGAACUGUACGCCGAGGGAAUUAAAGUGUUCAUCGGAUUUGAGCAAAGCGAGAGUCUUGCUCGGGCCGUGGAAUGGGCGAACGUCAAUGCUCCUGAUGCCGUACUCGUCAGCCCGUCUGCUACCGCUGCCGCCGAAGACUUCCCGCGCGGCAACUACGUCAUGCUGGGGAUGGACACUGGCGCCCUCGUCCUGGCCAUGCUGCUGAAAUUCAAGGAGCUGGGAGUCGACGUCGUCGUUCCCGUAGCUAGCGACGGCGUGUACGGUCGCAGCAUAAUCAACCAGCUGCAGAAGAUGACAGCGAACGGGCUGUACGGAAUCACCGUCACCGCGCCCGUGCUCUACGACGGCCGAUCGUCUGCCACGUCCGUUGUAGCUGAUAUCCGACGGGAGUUGACGACGAUCAAUCCCGCCGGCGGUAACAACACGGGCAUCAUUCUCGCGUCCAAGAUGGAGGCAGGCGACAUCAUCAACGCGGCGUUCAACGACGAGGCGCUGAGCGAAGCCAUCUGGUUCGGCACGGACAGCAUCGCCUUCAGCGAGCGUAUCUUCACGGCCAACAACAACCUGGUGACGAGCGGCAACCGCCUCUACUCGUUCAUCUACUGCGGCAACCACUUCGCCAACAACAAGGCGGCCUUCCUGACGAUGAGGAUGAUACGUAAACAGACGGGCUCCACACCGUCGUACACCGACGCACUGGCCUACGAUGCCGUCAUCCUCGUCUACGAGGCCGCAGGCGACCUUCUCCGAGCGAGAUCGGGCGUCGAGAAGCGAGCCGAGCUGAGAGAGCAGUCGCUGGUCACCGCCGGAAUCACCGGCUCGCUCGAACUCGAUCACACGUUCCGACGAAACGACGGAGAGAUCUGCGUCGCAUUCAUCCCGUCACGAAAGCUGGCGCGCGAGCUGGUCUCGUCGGGCCGAAGCUCGUGGGUGCUCGACGGUAAGGUUGAGAUCAUGUCCGAUAGCAUUGGAGAGAACACCGGCAUACGCAGCGGCUACACGACGCAGAGUGGUUCUGUCGUUCAUCCCCUCAACAAGCACGACCUGUGGCCGCUGAUCAAGAAGUGGGGACCGUGCCUGAAUGAUACCAUCGUAAUUCACACCAUCGAUCCGAUCACGUUAGAUGACAUCACGGGCGUAUACUCCAUGAAAACGCUGCCGCCUGACAUAUACAUUCCGGCUACGUACGGCAUGACGGUUGACAUGCAGUGCACACGCCCAAGCGGACAAGCCAUUGAAGCCGUCGUAACCUGUCCCGGUCUCAAUGAUCCCGCAGCGAAAACCGUCUGCCGGAUGGACAGUUCUUCGCCGCGUCGCAAGCGUCGUGGAAACUGGGUUGCCACCGGCGCCACUUGCGCCGGCGCUGGAGUCGGCUGUUUCGGCGGACCAAUCGCAUGCGGAGCUGGUGGCAUCGCUUGCCUCGGUAACAUCAUCGGCAGCGUCACCUGCUUCGCAGCCGACUCCAUCGUUCUCACAGAAACCGCCGAUGGCAAGACGCUCCCCAAGAAGCUGUCGGAGUUGGUUGUUGGCGACCGAGUCGAAUCGGUAGAGGAAGACAGUGGCGCUCUUACAUUCAGCGACGUCUACUUUAUUGCACACGACGACGAACCGGACAAAGCUGGCGAGAUGCUGCGCAUAUCCUUCAACUGCAGCGACUGCGUUGGCUUCAUCGAGCUCAGCGCUGCCCACCUUCUCUACAAGAGCGCCGCCACAGACCCCAAGCCCUCCGACCCAUCUCCGGCAUCUACAGUCAAGAUCGGCGACUACCUGUGGACGCGUACAAAAGACGGCCUGGUAGCGAGUGCAGUCACUGAUAUCCAGCCGUCGGCAGCCCGCGUGCGUUCCCCGCUCACGCUCAAUCACCACAUCGUCGUCAACGGCGUGCACGCGUCCGUGCAUUCGCACGACGAGAACGCCUACAGGAUUCUCACGUCGUGGAUCAGAGCCGUGUACUACGUGAACAGCGACUGGUCCAACUCCGCCAUGGUGAAGUCGAUCGUCGACAAGUCACGUGACAUGCGCCGCUUAAUCGGUGCUUAAUCACCGACGCUUGCUAUAAUUAUGGUCUUCAUGCACCACAUUUAAUAAUUCUUAUACAAAUUGGUGUCUCUUAUUAAAACAUGAAAUGGAAAAAAGUUUAUUGAAAUAAUUAAAUGUCGCACGGCUCAUUAGGCAGAGCGAUCACGAUAUA